AUGGGUGACGCCUUGCUGCAUGCCUGGACAACGCAGUAUACAAACUCUCCAUCCACAACCUCCGCGGAACGCGCCCCAGGCGAACCAUCAGAAGCGUCUAGCUUUAAGCAUCCCAACUCGCCGAUACAUCUUCGUGAUCUCGAAUAUCCGCCGAUGGCCCUUUCCUUCAACCGUGAGGUUAGCAAAGAAUGGGGCAGAGCGAGUAUGAAAGAGAGCCCACAAGAGUACAUCAACCCGAACCUACUCUCACUGAAAGACAGCAACGACUCUACAGAUUCUGGAGCCCUGGAUGGACUGGGACCAUUUCAACACCCUGCAUCUAAACACUCCAGCCGUCAACUUCCACCCGCGGCGAGGCAAGAUGCUUUAUCUGAGACAAGAGAGUGGCCGAACCGAUCUAGGCAGAACGAAACAGAUGCGGGUAACAAUGCUUCCAUGAACAUCGAUGUUUUGGAAGGAGUCCUGGCCGAGCUAUUGGCGUUUGACGUUGUCUGGUCGCAGUCGUCGAAUCGGGCUGAGGCCAGGGCUGGACAGGAUGAAGAUGGGAUGAAUCGGCUGAAUGCUCAUAACGGUUUCGCCAUCGGCGUUGGAUGGUCUAGCACUUUCUUUCCUGACGAUGUACAUGACGAUGUCAUCAUGCAAAGGAGUGGAUUGCAUUAA